CAGUCUUUCAGGCAGUCUUUCAUCUGGAGGACCUGGACGAGGGUUUGUCUGGUCAGGAUGUCCCUCCUGAGAGAGGCCAGCUCUAGGCUGUGGAGUAUCCGGAGCUCGGAGCAGGUGGCUCUAGCCAAAAGAGCAGCACAGAUCACUGCAGAGCUUCAACAAGGAGUGACAAGGCCUUACAAGAAUGUGAUUGAUUGUUCUUGGGGUGACCCACACAGAGAAGGACUAAAUCCCUUAACUUUUGUCCGUCAGGUUGUUGCUGCCUGUUUGUAUCCCUCUUUGCUAACUAGUGAGGUGCUGCCUGUUGAUGUACAACUGAGAGCCAAGGGCUUAUUAGGGGAGUGCGGGGGUGGAAGCGUGGGCUCAUACACCUCCACUGCUGGAAUCCCCAAAAUUGUACAGAGUGUGUCUGAGUUCAUUUCGCAAAGAGAUGGGGCUGUGCCGUCCUCACCAGAGAACAUUUUUAUCACCUUAGGUUCUCAGCGAUCCCUUAUGAUGGUGCUGAAGAUUUUUGUCAAGAAUGAAGGCACCAUACAGACUGGUGUGCUUUCACCUGUACCCUCAUACCCCUACUUCAACAUGGCACUGUCAAUGCAAGGAGGUGUCAUGGUGCCUUACCACCUGUGUGAGGAGCAGGGUUGGAAAUUGAAAGUGGAUGAGUUGAGCAGAGCCCUCCAUGCUGCCAGGGGGCACUGCAAUCCCAUGGCACUUUAUGUUAUUAACCCUGGCAACCCAACAGGUCAAGUCCAGAGCCGGAAGUCUAUUGAGGACGUGAUUCGAUUUGCUGCUGAGGAAAAGUUGUUCCUGCUGGCAGAUGAGGUAUACCAGGAUAGUGUGCAUGAUCCAAAGUGUGAGUUUGUGUCUUAUAAGAAAGUGCUUUUUGAGAUGGGCCCACCAUUUUCCAGCUCUGUGGAGUUGGCCUCCUUCAACUCCAUCUCUAAAGGAUACUUUGGCGAAUGUGGUUUGCGUGGUGGGUAUGUAGAGUUUGUGAACCUGGACCCUACAGUCAUGGGACACGUGUACACCUUGUUUUCCAUGGACAACUGUGCAGCUGUCUUAGGGCAGAUCAUUCUGGAUAUUAUGGCUCAUCCACCACAACCAGGAGAUCCUUCCUACCCAACAUUCUCUGAAGAAGUCAGAGCCAUACAGGACACACUGGCCAGUAAUGUGCAGAGGGUCCAAACAGUUCUUGGUUCCCUACCUGGCAUCAGUUGCCAGCCCAUCAAAGGGGGCAUAUUUGCUUUCCCUCAACUCCAUAUCCCACCAUGUGCCAUACAGCAGGCUAAGGAGGCUGGCAUGGAGCCUGAUGUGUUCUACGCCAGUCGUCUUCUGGAGGAGACUGGGCUGUGUGUGGGAGCAGGUUCUGAGCAUGGCCAGAGCGAAGGCACUCACCACAUCAGACUGUGCAUUGCAACCCCGACAGAGAACAUGGAGGAGGUACUGAACAGACUGUCCACCUUCCACCUCAGCUUCCGGAGCCACUUCUCCUGACCAGUCUGAGGACAUGACUCCUGCAGAGCCCAUCUAUGUGCACAUGAUCUGAUGACCUACUUAGACUGGCAUUUGCAAAGAGGAGCCAUCACAUCACCGUUCUUAUCUUAUGGAUGGCUUUUUCCAGAAUGGCAAUGCUGUUUAAUCAAUGAAAUUUAAGGCUGAAUGAGCCAACAACCUUAACUUGAUAAAAAAAAACACAAAGUAGUUUAAAAUUUAUGGAAUUGUCUUUAUA